AGAGCAUCUUAGCUGUACUCGUUUGGUCGUUGCGUUGUCUUUGCUGCUCCUCGACGCGUAUUAAACGUCGGCAGGUAAACCGGAGCAGUAGUCGAGUCGAUUCUAGUAAAAUAUUUGCUUGAGCUUAGUGCAGUGUUGAGAGGUUUCGACUGGGAGGCUUCGAAUUUACGGCCGGGAAAAUCCGUUUCCUUUUCCAAAGUCAAACAGCUCGUUAAAAAAGCGGCACUAUGAGGUUAAAGGCGGUGACGAGGACAUCGCCGGCGCUACUAUUGGUUGGACUGGCACUCGGACUUUUGAUACUCGCCGGACAAGCGGAAGGCACAAGAAAGAGAUUCCGUAGACCAACGACAUCGAGACCUUCGCUUUCCAAUGACCAGGAAGUGUCGGCUAGUGUAAAUAGAUUUAAAGUGACCCGCAAUCGCAUUGGCAACAAAAGCACGAAGAACGAGCUUGCACCUGGCAAAGCGACGGACGACUAUAAGAUCGUUUGUUAUUAUACAAACUGGUCGCAGUAUCGUACAAAACUCGGCAAAUUUACCCCGGAAGAUAUACAGUCGGAUCUAUGCACUCACAUUAUAUUCGCCUUUGGCUGGCUGAAAAAAAAUAAAUUGACGAGUUUCGAAUCGAACGACGAGACAAAAGAUGGUAAAAUUGGACUUUACGAGAGAAUGGUGGGACUGAAAAAGGCCAAUCCAUCGUUAAAAAUUCUCCUCGCUAUUGGUGGAUGGUCAUUUGGCACGCAAAAGUUCAAGGAAGUAUCUUCGACAAGAUACGCACGACAGACGUUCAUUUAUAGUGCCAUACCGUAUCUUCGUGAGAGAGGUUUCGAUGGACUGGACAUGGAUUGGGAAUAUCCGAAGGGUGGCGAUGAUAAAAAGAACUUUGUCUUAUUACUUAAAGAGUUGCGCGAGGCGUUUGAAGCAGAAGCGCAAGAGCGUAAAAAGCCCCGACUUUUGCUCACGGCUGCCGUACCUGUGGGUCCGGAUAACGUGAAAAGUGGAUACGACGUACCUGCUGUUGCCAGUUACCUGGACUUCAUAAAUCUAAUGGCCUACGACUUCCACGGCAAGUGGGAAAGGGAGACCGGACACAAUGCGCCGCUCUACGCCUCGUCCUUGGACUCCGAGUGGCAAAAGCAGCUGAGCGUCGAUAACGCGGCCUCGAUAUGGGUGAGACUGGGCGCGCCCAAGGAGAAGAUGAUCAUCGGCAUGCCGACCUACGGCCGCUCCUUCACGCUCUCGAACCCGGCCAAUUUCAAGGUCCACGCACCAGCGAGCGGCGGCGGCAAAGCCGGCGAGUACACCAAGGAAUCUGGCUUCCUCGCCUAUUACGAGAUCUGCGAGAUGCUACUGAACGGUGCCGCCUACAUUUGGGACGACGAGAUGAAAGUGCCAUACCUCGUGCAUCACGACCAGUGGGUCGGCUUCGACGAUGAGAGAUCCAUCAGGAACAAGAUGCGCUGGAUUAAGGACAAACAUUACGGAGGCGCCAUGGUGUGGACCGUGGACAUGGACGACUUCAACGGGACGGUUUGCGGGAGCGGCGUCAGGUAUCCGCUUAUCGGGGCGAUGCGGGAGGAGCUCCGCGGCAUCUCUCGGGGCAACAACGCCAAGGACAUCGAUUGGAGCGCCGUAGCCUCGACGAUUACCGAGGUCGUCGUGAAGAAGCCCGAGCCCUACAAGAUAUCCGUCUCGGAGGUCCUCAACAAGGCCAAGAAGGUUGCCAAACCCUCGAGCCAACUCGCCAUCAGCUCGACCUCCAGGCGCCGAGAACCACAAACGAUUUGUUAUUUGACAAAUUGGUCGCACAAGAGGCCUAAUACUGGCAAAUUCAUGCCCGAAGACAUCGACGCCUUUCUUUGCACUCACGUAAUUUAUGCCUUUGCCACGUUAAAGAAUCAUUUAUUAUCCGAGAGUAGUGAAAAGGAUGCUGAGAUGUACGAGAGAUUAAUUGCACUGCGUGAAAAGAAUCCUGACAUAAAGAUUCUUCUGGCUAUUGGCGGAUGGGCUUUUGGCUCGACACCGUUUAAAGAACUGACGAGCAAUACAUUCCGAAUGAACCAAUUCGUAUACCAAGCCAUCGACUUCCUUCGUGAAUACAAAUUCGACGGCCUCGACGUUGAUUGGGAAUACCCACGAGGUGCGGACGAUCGCGCGGCUUACGUCAAUCUUCUGAAAGAGCUUCGCGUAGCUUUCGAAGGUGAAGCGAAGAGCGCAGGUCAGCCAAAGCUCAUACUUUCGGCAGCCGUUCCCGCCAGCUUCGAAGCUAUCGCUGCCGGAUAUGACGUACCCGAGAUUUCUAAAUACUUGGACUUUAUAAAUGUCAUGACUUACGACUUUCACGGACAAUGGGAGAGGCAAGUCGGGCACAACAGUCCCCUAUUCCCUCUAGAAAGUGCUACUAGUUACCAAAAGAAACUCACCGUGGAUUACAGUGCGCAUGAGGAGAAGCUCAUGAUCGGAAUGCCGCCGUACGGGAGAUCGUUCACUCUCGUCGAUAAGGCCAAGUUCGAUAUUGGUGCACCGGCUUCCGGUGGCGGCUCAGCCGGAAAUUUCACUAACGAGCCUGGUUUCCUUUCCUACUACGAGGUUUGCAGUUUUCUUAACGAGGAUAAUACAACAUUAGUAUGGGACAGUGAACAGCAAGUACCAUUUGCCUAUAGAGAUGAUCAAUGGGUUGGUUUUGACGAUGAGAGGAGUCUCGUUAAUAAGAUGAAUUGGCUUAAGGAAGAAGGAUUUGGAGGUAUCAUGAUAUGGUCGGUAGAUAUGGAUGACUUCCGAGGAUCCUGUGGUAACAGUAAAUUCCCACUGAUCAAGGCCAUGAAGAAGGAGCUACAAAAUUAUGAGGUUAAACUCGAGUUUGAAGGACCAUAUGAGAAUAACAUACGCGGUGGAAAAUAUACCACUAAGGAUCCCAACGAAGUGACCUGCGAGGAGGAGGACAAUCACAUCUCCUACCACCCGGACAAAAACGACUGCACGAUGUACUAUAUGUGCGAGGGCGAGCGGAAGCACCACAUGCCCUGUCCGGUGAACCUCGUCUUCAACCCCAACGAGAACGUCUGCGACUGGCCGGAGAACGUCGAGGGCUGUUUGCAGCACACGCAGGCACCUCCCGUCUGAUCGACCCCCGAAUUAUUAAAUCCCCCGAUGCCUGCGUCGGACAAUCGCACGGCUCACCAUCGGGAAGAGCCGCCUCACGACCACCAUCACCACCGCCAUCACCUACUCAACACCACCACCACCAUAACUCACUCUCAACACCGUCAACAAUUACCAUCCCUCGUCCGACGAUUUGGGCGCACCGGAUCUUUCCGAUCGAGAUGGGCGGCGAAGCCAAAAGAUUAUGUAGCCCGUCGAAUAUCGUGUGGCAUGGCAUUGACAAUUCUUCGUUGUCUCUUAUACUUAUAUAACGAGCGAACGAGCGAACGAGCGAGCUAGCGAGCGAGCGAUAUUAAUAACUUCAAUCCUGUAUGUUUAUGAGGGUUGCGCGACUUUAUGUAUUUAUUGAGCUAAACAAACUUUAUAUAGAUAAUUGAUAAGGCGAGGUAGGGGCGCGAGACGGGGGCUGAUUUAUGACGAACUGAACAAAAUACGACAAUUCGAUCGAGAGCGUCGCAUUCACUCGAUCGACGAUCAAUAAAUCGCUUAUACGCUAACUCGAUUAUUCUCAACUUCAUCAUUCUCUUUAUCUCCAAAUUUCCUUUAUAAUACGAUCUAACGUUAAAAGAGUACUCACGGGCUUUUGCGAGCUUUUAAUGGACGCGCUUUGAAAAA